UUACGUGGGUCGAUCGCCGCCCGUUACGUGUCCGCGUGGUGACAAAUAAGGAGAGCCGCGCUGUCAUUGAUUCCCCGCGACCGUCACGAAAGCGCUCGCUGCGUGUCCACUGCUGUACGACAGGAAGAAGCAGCUACUAUAUGUCCUCUCGCACUGCAACAUGCCCUUUGCAAAGGACGACUGAUCACCAUCUCCAGCUCAAGACUUGAGACCUUUCAUUUCAUUGCUGGACCUUCCACUUGUUGUGAAGACAUCUGUUCGAUCCCAUCACCCGAGCAAGAGUGCUGCGCCAUUCCACCUCUGGCUGUCUGCUUAACCCAUUCACAAGGGGGUUUGCCAUCCUGUGGACAGGAAGUAUCAGUGAGGGAUCUUCCCCACCUUCAGUCUCUGUUCAUUCACACACACACACACACACACACUCACACACUGCAGAGAGCUGAGCCCUGCUAUUAUACACCUACUGCACUCUACACUGCAGUGUCAUGUGGUAUACUUUACAGGCCUGGCUGUUACAACAGUACAGCCUACACUGGUAUACUAAACCUGUCUGGCUGUUACCACGGUACAGCGUCCAAUAGUAUACCAUAGAGGGAGAGCUGUUAGUAUUGUACUGUAAACUGUUGUGUACCAUACGUGGCUGUUGGUUACCACAGUACAUAACAUAGAUUAUUAUACUGUACUAUACAUCACAGGCUGUUAUUAGAGUACAGGCAACCAGGUGUAUAAAGAGUAGAGGAGAGUAGAGAAAUGUACUUUUGUUUGCACUGAGCUGUACCUCGUUUGGGGCAAAUGAAAGUAUGUCUGCUAAAGGAAAGAACGUAAAUGAGAGCGGAAUGCUCAUUAUAGUCCGUGCGGAGUGUGAUGUGAGCUGUAGUACCGCGGUCGUUCGUUCAUACGACCUCCCUACUUAUCUCUCAUAGGUGAUCUCACACACGAGCGCAUACAUUACUGCAGCCCGAGGAGAUGACGGCGUGGCCACGCCCCCUUUUCCAGCCAGCCAGUCAGAGCGGGGCCUAGAUAACCUCCCGUACUGUGCUGACUCUGAACUGAGAGACUAGUGAAGUGGAGGGGAGGUACAUGCGUGGAAGAGACGGCACUUGCGGGCAGACGUCAGAGCUGAUUUCCAUAAGGCAGCUGCUGCUCGGCCAGGAGCUCCGACCCACAAACCAUCCGGCGCGGGACCCGAAUGCACAGCGAAAGACUGGCGGACGCACCCUAUCUACACUACUGACUGACCUCAGAACACUGCAGGACCCCCAGCAGACACACUGCCAGACACUGAACCCCACACCCACACACACACACACAUACACACCCACAGCAAAGGUUCCACAUAAAUGGCGGACAAACAGAUAAGUCUGCCUGCCAAGCUCAUCAAUGGAGGGAUCGCAGGACUGAUCGGGGUCACCUGUGUCUUUCCCAUAGACCUGGCAAAGACCCGCCUCCAGAACCAGCAGAACGGAUCCCGCAUGUACACGAGCAUGUCAGACUGCCUCAUCAAGACCAUCCGAUCGGACGGUUACUUUGGGAUGUACAGAGGGGCCGCGGUGAACCUUACCCUGGUAACUCCGGAGAAAGCCAUCAAACUGGCUGCCAACGACUUCUUCAGGCAUCACCUCUCCAAAGACGGUCAGAAACUCACCUUGUUUAAGGAGAUGUUGGCAGGUUGUGGAGCCGGAACUUGUCAGGUCAUUAUCACGACUCCUAUGGAGAUGCUGAAAAUCCAGCUGCAGGAUGCUGGACGAAUUGCUGCCCAGAGGAAGCUGAUGCCACAGGUGGCAGGUGGACCAGCGGUGGAGAAGUCACCCACAGCCAUGCAGUUGACGCGUGAUCUGCUGAAGAGCAAAGGCAUUGCAGGGCUCUAUAAGGGGCUGGGGGCCACGCUACUCAGGGACGUGCCCUUUUCCAUCAUCUACUUCCCUCUCUUCGCCAACCUCAAUAACCUGGGUCGCCGCGGAGACGAGGGCACCGCCCCCUUCUACGUGUCCUUUGUCUCGGGUUGCAUUGCGGGCAGCACGGCGGCCGUGGCGGUGAACCCCGUGGACGUGAUAAAGACCAGACUGCAGUCUCUGACUCGCGGGACUCACGAGGACACCUACAGCGGGGUGACGGACUGCAUCAGGAAGAUCCUGCGGCACGAAGGACCCACGGCCUUCCUGAAGGGGGCGUACUGCCGGGCGCUGGUCAUCGCGCCCCUCUUCGGCAUCGCGCAGGUCGUCUACUUCCUGGGCGUGGGAGAGUUCCUCCUGGGCCUCCUACCCAAAAGGCAGAACUAACCCGUACCUCCCCGGUCCCAUCAUGCAAUGCACCAGCUGGGUCCCCUUUCCCAGGAGGCCUCAGAGGGCCCAGCGCACCGAAGACCAGCUCAGAUCCGUGUAACAGUGUAUUUUUUAAUGUUGUGUUUUUUUCGAGUGACUCUAGUGGAAUAUCUGCAGGUGGGGGCUGGGGCUCCUGGGGGGGGAGGAGCCUGCAGCGUCUGCAAACCUGCCCUCUGCCCCCCUUCUACCCCAUCACCUUAUUCCCGUAAGCCAUCAAGUGUGUAUUGUUAUCACCGCCGCUGCGUAACUCCGCCUCUGGUCUGCAGCGUGUAGAAGUUCGAACCCGCCCAGCUCUUUCGGAAGGGUCUCUGUAGAUGACCGGUCGUCUACUGAUGCUCCUUCGAGCCCCCGCUCCCUGCUACUUCUGUACUGUAAUACCAUGGAGCGGGGUACUUUACCAUAAAAUCAGUGCAAUUCAGAGCAGCGUGAAUGGGCUAAAUACUCUAAGUGACUUUGGAUAAAAGAGAUGGCUAAGGAACUAAUUAAUAAUAAUAAUAAUAAUGAUGAUGAUGAUGAACGCAGCAAGCCUGCGGAGCAGUCAAAGCACAUGUGCAAUGAGACCGUAGGGUUAUGGUUUAUGCAGGUCUCUCUGCGGUCCUCCGUGGACCGCCUUCACCACGCGAGGGUGAACUCUGCUCAGACCAAAGCGAACUGCCACACCUCGACCGUGAGCCGCGUGGCGACCUGGUUGCGAGCGCCCGGCAACGAAAGCCCUUCAGGGAGGUGAGCGUAACCGCGGCGGUAGAAACGCCGCUGCGAUUUCACCGGUCUUUGGUCCACCGGGUGAGACGACGGUGCCGCUGGCCUGUAGGGGGGGGCUCGAUGGCAGACGUGAGCGUUCGCUCCUUCCGUUUCGACCGAACUGGCGUUCCGCGCGGCGACAGGAUGCCUCCAUCUUUCCGAAGGGAAGCUGCUGUGGCUCGUUGUGCUGCACGCUUGCUGCUGUCACCGCGAGUCCAGUCACACCCACGUCCUGCUCCGGCAGCUGGAGGAGACGCCGCUUUUACCGUAAUAUUGUGGUUAUGAAGAAGUGCAAUUCUGCAACCCCCCGUCACCACGCGGAGCAAAAUCAGUUCCUCCACCAAUCGGCCUCUUAGUUCUCCUCUAUAUCGUUAUGUAUCGGUGUCGACCGCCUUUCUCCGCGUGUCCCCUGUGUCCAAUGUGCAUGGAGACGGUGCGGACUGACGUCGGCGUUACCGCGGUUCCUUGUUGUCUGUUUAGUGUCCCACUGCUCCCUCUCCCGGGUAACGUCCCAAGGCGGUGCGCGUCGGACAGGAUGCCCUUCUGUUUCCUGGACUAAGAGUGUGUCCAGAGAGCUGUCGGCGUGUCGUCCACAGCCGCUGUCGUUCCGUCCUCUCGAUUGCGCACCCCAAGGAGAAGCGCGGGGCCCCGGUCCCCUUCCCCCGUCGCCCUCCACCAUUACCUCAGACGCCGCGACACGAAACGUCUGCCGCAUGACUGGCCGUGGCCGCUGACCAGUUUAGCCCCAUCUACAUAUUUAUCAGAUGCUUUUCUCCAAAGCGACUUCCAGUGAACUCUAUGUAGUGUUAUGAGCCCA